UAGGGUUUCACGCGUGCGUACGACGUGGAAAGAAAAACGAAUUUACCUUGGGAGAGAAUGUUUUGAUUGUCUUGAUUUUCUGUUUAAGGAAGAUGUUCAUCUAGGUCAAAGAUCUCAGUUCCACAUCAACAAAAGAUCAGUGUAUCUCAGUAACUCCCAUAAUACAGUUGACAUCAUGGGUGCCACAACCAGCAGCCUGGCCGACCUGGCCCAGAACGAGUACCUGAUGAGGCUGUCAGGGCGUGACCCCAUUGACCCUAUGGACCCCUUCUGGAACCAGCUGCUCUCCUUCUCCUUCCUGAUCCCUGUCAACAGCUCGGAUUCCAAGCUCUUGGAAGAUUCAACAGAAAGGAUCUGCAGCAACUUUGCCAUCAACAACACACACACAGGCAACUUCGGGGCCCUCGUCCACAACUUCUUGGUGCGGGCCGCAGAGUUGAAGGCCUCUGCCCAGUGUGAAGACAACAUCUUCAUUUGGCAAACCUACAAUGCACUGUUCAUCAUCCGAAGCUUCUGCAAGUACUUUGUGGAGCAUUUGAGUGAAGAGCUUGUGUUACAACAGUUUGACUGCAAGCCCCCCGGGGAGAACGUUGACAGCAACCUUGAAGGCGACAUCAAUGAAGUGGAUCCAACAAUUGGGGAACUGGCUGAGAAACUGAUGUCAUCUCUGGUGGAGCUGUUGGUGGACGUCCCUGUCUUGAACUUCACAUACGCAUUGCACCUUGAGACGCUGAACACGCUGCUGACACUGCUGUCAAUACAGAUGUUCCAUGCCCAGCCUGCCAGCAAGUUCACUCUGUACAGGUUCAUCAUGCAGGGCAGGUGUGCAAUCCAUGCGCCUGUGGUGAUCAAAGCUCUGCUGUGGAACUACAUCAACCAGGAGAAGUGUCCGUCCGAACUCUACAAGAGUAGCGCCGAUGGAUCCAAUACCUUCUACAACGUCACUGCUGCAGUCGCUUCCAGUCUGUGGUCCGUGGUGACGCUCGGCAUGGGAAGCAGCCCAAAGAAAAAGGAGGAGGAGUUCUCAGAGACGUUGUUAGCCAAUCAGAGCCUUUUGUUCCUACUGGUGCUAGCCAAUCACUGCACCAGUGACUCCGGCUUGAACAACCCCUACAGAGAGGCAUUGUUUGCCUUCACAGACUCACAGGACACCUCAGCCAUGAACCCUGUGAUAGCUGGCCCCACAUUCAAGAUGGACUUGAGUCGUCUGUACUCCACGCUGUGCUCCACCCUGAGAGACGACCAGACCACACUGUUGCUGUACCUUCUCAUACACCAGAAUACAUCCAUGAAGGCGUUCAUCCUGUCCCGGACCAACAUAGACCAGCUGGUGAUGCCUCUACUUCACAUCCUGUACCAGGCCCAGGAGCGCAACUCCCACCACAUCUACAUGGCUCUCAUUAUACUGCUUGUACUCAGUGAAGACGAAGUUUUCAACAAAGCUGUUCAUGAAAUUAAUCUGAAGAACAUCCUGUGGUUCAAGGAACGGCCGCUGACCGAGAUUUCACUGGGAGGGCUUCUCAUCCUGGUUGUCAUACGGACAGUCCAGUUCAACAUGACACGCAUGAGGGACAAGUACCUGCACACUAAUUGCCUGGCAGCCCUGGCCAACAUGUCCUCCCAGUUUGCCAACCUCCACCAGUUUGUUGCACAGAAGAUUGUCAGCCUGUUUGCCCAGCUGUGUAAGAAGCACAGUCGCCUGGUGGAGCAGAUCAGACAGGUGGGGGCCGGGGAGGUCGAGCAGGGUGACGAUGAAGACUCAGAACAGGUCUUUAUGCAGGACAUGACAGCCCUGCAGGAAGUGAUCCGGAUGGUGUUGGAGAUCCUCAACUCCUGCCUCACAACCUCCCUCCACCACAACCCCAACCUCAUCUACACCCUCCUCUACAACCGCAACCUGUUCGACCAGUUCCACACCCACCCAAUCUUCCAGGACAUCAUCCAGAACAUUGACACAGUGUUGUCCUUCUUCUCAUCGAGGCUGGAGCAGAACGGGAAGAACCUUUCCCCAGCCGAUGUCCUGGAGUCCAUCAAGGAGGGGGCACUGCAGUUCCGCCGGGACAGACUGAAGAAGUUCCCAGAGCUAAAGUUCAAGUAUGUGGAAGAGGAUUCUCCGGAGGAGUUCUUCAUCCCCUACAUCUGGUCCCUCGUCUACCACUCCUCCAACAUGUACUUCAACGCCGCACGCAUCGUACUCUUCUCCCUCUCCGCCAACGCAGAGUCCUGAGACCAGCAGCACUACAACAGUGGACACAGCCUCCCAGUCUGGUGAUGUCAGUGCCGCUGCCGCCUCCGCCGCCGCCGCAUCCCUUGUGAGAAGUCAUAGCUGAUAUGUCUCACUCAUUUUGGAAUCUUUUAGAUUUUGAAAUCUCAAUAUUAUUGUGUAUUUGGAAUAUGACAUAGGAAGUAAAAAUCACAUUAGAGGAAAUUUAAUUUGAAGCAUGUAGCUUAUAUGAAAUGAACCACAGCUGUAGAAUGAUGUUGAUGGAAGUUUAUUUCCAUCAGAUGAAUACACUUUUUAAGAUUUUCAGCUGGUCUUCUGGUAGAGGUUUCAGUAACUUACAGACGACUGUGGACGAGACUCUGGUAUCAGACUUGUGGGAAGCGAUGAGGUUCACAAUACUUUCAUGUUUCACGGCACACAAUUUAGGCACAAAUAUAGACAUAAAAAGUCACAUGUUGAACACACGUAUGUUGAGUAUAUUUUUGGUUACAAUGGACGACCACAAAGUUUUAAAACAAAUUCAGCAAAAAAUGGAAAAGAUUUUGAAAAAAAUAUAAAUGCCAACGAAAAUUAUGACAAAGAUUUCUCAUGGUAUUUUUUUUUUGUUCCAUUCACUUUAUGUGUCAACUUCAGCCUGUGACUGUUUUGUGCAAAAUAGCUUUCCUGUGUAUUGUUUUCACAAAAGAGGCAAUUAUGCAUAAUUCUGCAAAAUAUGUAAUUAUGGUGUCUGCAAAUGUUUCGUGAUCACAGAAACACAAUCCUUCAUGGACUGAUAAAUAGGAUUGUUGCAUUCUGUGUAUGCUGUGCCUUGAUGAGAGCUUGUCAUCUGAAGAACUAACACUGUAAGGACUGGCAGUUGAAGUCCAGGAACCAAAGACUGCUCCUAGGGGACACUGCAUCUGUGUGUUGUGGGGAGGUGUGUACACAGACAUCUGGCAUCAGGCAGGAACACUGGAGGCGGACGUUGUGGUUAGGAGCAAGUUCGUUGCCGUGGAUACAGCAUUCCCUUGUCUCCUUACUGUAAUUGCAUCAGGAUGUAACGUCCAGACUGAGUUGGGAACUACUUGUCAGUGUCACAGCGGAUGUUGUGCUUACAUUGGCUGUAUUCUGGCUUUAAAGGAACAGAACGUAGUUGUGGGAUUAAAGAUGGUUGAUGUUAUGGGUGUUAAAUCUUCAUAUAUGUAUAUGUUUGUUCAAGUGGUUUUAUAGAUCAGGUUUUACCUGUUCAAGGGAGGUAACUAAUCUAAAACUUGACAGUGGUUCAUCUUUGUUUUUACUGAGGUUUUAUGCUGAGCUGUUAACAUUGUUUUCUUUGUUUUGUUAGCAUUCGUCAACAACUAUAUUGUCACAGGCAUUUGUUAAAUAAAAAGUCUUUAAGCUACAAGCUUCACCUGUGCCAGAAACCUAUGGUUGUGUUCAUAAAGACUGCUGGUUUGUCAGCUUGGAAUCCAUGCUGACAGUUUCCCCAGGGUACAACACCUCACACCGGCAUCAGUUGGAGCUUUCCUUCAAUAUAAGGCUGAAAUAUUGGGCAAAGCGACGUUAAACCCAACUCACUUACCGUAGUUGACAUGUCAAUCCUUCUAAACAUCACUAAAUUAUAUGACAUGUGUAGUUUUAAGUUGAUUUACAAGUUAUUUCAUAAAUUAUGAUCAUAACAUUCAUAUAUGUGGUUUCAUUUGCUGAUAAGAUAGAUUGACCUUUUGUUUCUCAUCAUUACCUCACUAACCUGUUGUCUUCUUUCAGUUUACUCUCUAACACAUUCUUAGAGGUUCCCAAUCAAUCGCUUCAAGUGUACUCUCUAACACAUUCUUAGAGGUUCCCAAUCAAUCGCUUCAAGUGUACUCUCUAACACAUUCUUAGAGGUUCCCAAUCAAUCGCUUCAAGUGUACUCUCUAACACAUUCUUAGAGGUUCCCAAUCAAUCGCUUCAAGUGAAGUACAAACCUGGAAUAUUUCUUUCAAGAGAUCUUGUUGAGUGGAAUUUAGUGCAUGUGUACUUACAUUGUGCACAGGUUGGAGACACGAUGGGGUUGUCCUUGUUAUCAUUUGUCACACGCCUGAUUGAGCAUUUGUUGUCAUCCUCCUCCUCAUGUAUUGUUAACUUGUUAUCUGAACUGACACACCCGAGUUAAAGACAUAACAGGAUAGUCACCUAUUCUAGUCUUGACCUUCACUUUUAUUAAUAUUCUAGUAAUAUAUGUAGUCUCAUCCUAAAGAUGAGUCAUCGUGUGAUAGCCUGUUUUAUUAGAGUGGAAUUCUACAAGCAUUGGGAUGUUGAUGAAGCAGUUGUCAGUCUGUCACUGGAGAUGUGGGAGAGUUUGCUUGGGCCAGAUCACUUCAUUUCUUGUUUCCUAGCUGCAGAUGCAGAGAACACAAAAAUAUAGAAAUGUUGCUUAGGAUGAAAACUGAUCAAUGGUACAAUUUAUAUGUGUGAUGUGAUUCCAUUAUAGCGUGAAAGUUCAGAUGACAAGUUGGAUGCGUAUUUAUAGCAAUGAAUGUGAUAUGUAGCCAAACAGUUAUUUUUUUGUACUGUACAUAAUUAUUUUGACAGCUUGUAGAACAACACUGGAGAUUUGUAAAUACUUGUAGCACACCUAUAUACUGACUUCAGCCAGACACAUAACACAUUCGCAUGUGUCAUGUAUAACAGACACGUUUGUGACACUCACACGUGUCUUACGGUGACAUGUCACAACACUCCUCGUCAGUAAUCGUCAUGUGAUUCUCAACUUGUUGUACAUAUUGGUAGGAGAUUUUUAUCAACAAUUAACUAACAAUUAUUGAUUACUUGUGAAUAUGUAGUGAAACAUGACUGACUGUUGAUGUUGAGACCAGACUGUUAUGUAGAGUGACGGGUGAUUGACGCGGAUGGGUGACUGUACAUAGCAACAGGUGGUGUUACCAUGGUUACCAAUAUAUCUACUGUAUAUAAACACUGGUGUAUAUAUUUCCUAAGGGGCUGCUUCGUGUUCUACGCUGUGGGUAGUCACAUACAGGUGUUCUCUCCGCCUCAUAUCACGGGACUUGCAGCCUUCACUCAUCCCAGCAGAACCAGUUUACCAUCUACAGCAUCUCUCACUGAUUCAGCGCUUUGUUCAGAGGAUUUAUGUCAGGGGAUUUAGCUCAGUCAUAUGAUAUAUUAAGGAUGUUAAUAUCUUUCAGAAAUUUGUUUCAACUUAUAUUGUGUGCUGGUAUAUUUUGCACAGUGGCAAUUUUCUACUAUCCUGUGGUAUCUUAUUUCAAUAUUUUCAAGUUUUUAAUGAUAUGGUACUCUUUGUGGAUCAUAGCGUCUUGGCAGGAACUUCAUUGUCCAAUGAAACUUAUGUUAAGUGUUAUUUGUUGAUGUAAACAUGAAAUGAAACGCUGAUCUAGGGUUUGGUUGUGCAGUUGCCAGCUGUUGUUACAGCGACCUGCUACAGAGGUGUUACAGUGCUGUGUUACAGUGUGUUUCUGUCCAGCUUUGGAAAAGUUUUUUUUGUUGUGGUAAAAUACACUUUGUCCAUGCGGUUUAUCAAAGAUUUCAUUUUUAGCUCACCUGACUGAAAGGCAAGUGAGCUGAUGUUAUGGCCUGCUUGGCAGUCUUCUGGUGGCAGCAGUGUCUGUAAACAUUAUCUCCUGUAUGGGACCAGUGAAGCUGAUGUUAUGGCCUGCUUGGCAGUCUCCUGGUGGCAGCAGUGUCUGUAAACAUUAUCUCCUGUAUAGGACCAGUGAAGCUGAUGUUAUGGCCUGCUUGGCAGUCUCCUGGUGGCAGCAGUGUCUGUAAACAUUAUCUCCUGUAUGGGACCAGUGAAGCUGAUGUUAUGGCCUGCUUGGCAAUCUCCUGGUGGCAGCAGUGUCUGUAAACAUUAUCUCCUGUAUGGGACCAGUGAAGCUGAUGUUAUGGCCUGCUUGGCAGUCUCCUGGUGGCAGCAGUGUCUGUAAACAUUAUCUCCUGUAUAGGACCAGUGAAGCUGAUGUUAUGGCCUGCUUGGCAGUCUCCUGGUGGCAGCAGUGUCUGUAAACAUUAUCUCCUGUAUGGGACCAGUGAAGCUGAUGUUAUGGCCUGCUUGGCAGUCUCCUGGUGGCAGCAGUGUCUGUAAACAUUAUCUCCUGUAUAGGACCAGUGAAGCUGAUGUUAUGGCCUGCUUGGCAGUCUUCUGGUGGCAGCAGUGUCUGUAAACAAUAUCUCCUGUAUAGGACCAGUGAAGCUGAGUCUUCACAUACUUUUCCCCAUUAUUGAGGGCACCACAAUCUGUUCCUGAGGUUGGAGGAAUCUGACUUUCAAUGUGGCUUGUGGCUGCCAUGGUUGCCUUUGUUGACAUUUUAGACAUGACUGUUAAACUGCUAUAGGUGAGCUACAGAGCUAAGGCUUGGGUUUGAUGUGGCAAGUUGGAAAUUCCUAAAUAUGAUACAUUUUAAUUUCCACUGUGCAAAGAUGUCAGCUGUUAAACAUGUAGGACACUAACAGCACCUGGAUCAACUAAAAACAGAUUCAUGGAAUAAAUGAUAUGACUAACGUCAAAGAUGUAGCAGUGCAUAUACUGCCAGGGACCAGUCUGUAUUUAGAUUGUAUACUUUGUCCCAGAGCAUGACCUCUUCACUUCACUGUGAGGGACAUGGCAAUUAAAAGUACUUGUUCAAAAUGUAAUGUUUAGUUGAACUGUUUCUCUUAAAUAUUACCCCUAAUUCCGAGGGGCUUUAGAAACAACUCUCAGUGUGUGUGAGGCUGUGAGAGUCUUACUUCCCAGUAUAAGUCAGUAUGUGUGUGUGGUUCACACAUGUUGCAGCCAUGGGGCCCUUUCCUAGAAGCGAACUCCGUAUUACACCUGUCUCAAGUCUCAUACCUAAUGUAGAUGAUGAACAGUUGUAGCACUGAGCUCACUUUGUGGAGCAGGUUCCUGGUACAGUGCCUGUAUAGAUAACACAUGGUCUUACCUUGCAUCAGUUUUGUGGUUAACCCUGACAGUUGUUGACUGGGAUAUAAUUAUUGCUGGAUAAACUGAGGGUCUUGUGAAUUAUAGACAUUACAAAAUGUAUAAUUUCUGUCUGUGACUGAAGCAAGAAUAUUUUAUUAAAAUAUUGCAUUUUAUGAAGUUUAUCUCAUAAUUAUUGUUGAAUGACAUAUUUCCAUCAUGAAAGAUGGUAUUUAAAUGGUAUUUCGUACAUAAAAAAUAUAAACUGCA